GAGAAAGACAGAUAAAGUGAGAGGGGACAUAACGAGAGGGAGAAAGUGAGAGAGAAGGGUAUAUAUAUAGGGAGAGGAAAAGAGAGAGAGAAAGACAGAUAAAGAGAGAGGGGACAUAACGAGAGGGAGACAAAGAGAGAGAGAGAGAGAGAGAGAGGGACAGAGUAAACUGUUGCCAGGUUGGAUCGUAUUGCUAUUAGAGUGACAGUGUGUGUAGCUGAAUAGAGUGUGUGUGGUGUGUGUGAUGUGUGUGUGUGUUAGAGUGUGUUAGAGUGCUGGAGUAUUCCUCCGUCUGAUCAUCCCUCACUCUGCGCUCGCCUGAGGACUGCAUGCAGGGAGAGAGAGCCUGUCCCCCAGGAGACAAUCACACACCGGGACACUCACACACACACACUUAUGCAGACACACUGCGCAGAGGGACCCAGACCUCUCCUGACCCAGCCUGCACUGUGGGACGGGGGUGUUGGGGAGCUGGGAUGAGGACCUGACCCGGCUGCAGUGGACAGUCUGAGACAUGAGUGUGUCCUCCGCCGCGCAGUGUGUGUGAGGGACGGGGACACGGAGAUGGACGGAGUGUGUCCUCCAGCCGGGAGCCGCAGCCGCUCGGAUCAAAUGCUCCAGUUUGGAUAACACACUGCGAGAGAGAGCGCGCACACACACACACACACACACACACGGACGAGGACGCGGAGGGAGAGGAUCCAGCGGGAAGCGCCAGGGUCCUGGAUUUUUCCACAGUUCCCUGGAAACCCCUGCUUACUGGGCUUCUCCAAACAGUGAUAUAGCCAAACCCCUCCACUGACCCCCCCAGGACCAAACGACUAAGACGGGGGAGUCAGUGAAGGGGGGAGAAAUUUCUACUUUGAAGUCCUGUAGACAUACUUUGGCUGGACCAUUCGCGCAACGCUGAAUAGAGAUCCACACGGCGACUGUGACGAUGAGUGUGGGUCGGAUCAGUCGGUACAGCAUCGUGUCGUCGGACGAGGACGCCCUGCGCCUGACCACCUUGCAUGGCGGGGGAAUGAAUGGCUACGGCAACGGCAAGAUCCACACGAGGAGGAAGGGUCGCAGCCGCUUCGUCAAGAAAAACGGCCAGUGCAACGUUCAGUUCACCAACAUGGACCAGAAGCCACAGCGCUACAUGGCCGACAUGUUUACCACCUGUGUGGACAUCCGCUGGCGCUACAUGCUGAUCGUCUUCACGCUAGUUUUCGUAGUUUCCUGGCUAGCCUUUGGCCUUGCUUUCUGGGUCAUCGCACUUCUUCACGGGGACCUCGACAACCCAGCGGGCGAUGACAACUUUACCCCCUGUGUCCUGCAGGUCAACGGCUUCAUCGCCGCCUUCCUCUUCUCCAUAGAGACUCAGACCACCAUCGGGUAUGGCUUCCGCUGCGUGACGGAGGAAUGCCCACUAGCCGUCUUCCUGGUAGUCUUCCAGUCCAUUGUGGGCAGCAUCAUCGAUUGCUUCAUGAUUGGCGCCAUCAUGGCCAAGAUGGCCCGUCCCAAAAAGAGGGCGCAGACCCUCCUCUUCUCACAGAACGCCGUUAUAGCAAUGCGCGACGGCAAGCUGUGCCUGAUGUGGCGUGUCGGGAACUUGCGCAAGAGCCACAUUGUUGAGGCGCACGUCCGCGCCCAGCUAAUCAAGCCUAGAGUAACUGCAGAGGGCGAGUACAUCCCUCUGGACCAGCUCGACAUUAACGUCGGCUUUGACAAAGGCCUCGACAGGAUCUUCUUGGUGUCGCCGCUCACCAUCUUGCACGAGAUCGACGAAGAAAGUCCGUUGUUCGGAAUAGCAAAGCAGGAUCUAGAGACAGCCGAUUUUGAGAUAGUGGUGAUCUUGGAAGGGAUGGUAGAGGCCACAGCAAUGACCGCUCAGGCACGGAGCUCCUACCUUGCCAGCGAGAUCCUGUGGGGCCACCGUUUUGAGCCGGUGCUUUUCGAGGAGAAAAACGAGUACAAAGUAGACUACUCCCACUUCCACAAGACUUACGAGGUGCCCUCCACGCCGCGCUGCAGCGCCAAAGACAUUCUAGAGAGCAAAUACCUGGCGGCACCCGCCGCCAACUCUUUCUGCUAUGAGAACGAGCUGGCCUUUCUCAGCCGCGAGGAAGAGGACGAUUUAGCAGAGCGAGAGAGGGCGCUGAGCGUCAGUCCCGAGAGAAACGCUCAGCGUCUCGACUUCGAACGGCAUCUGCAGAAUCCCCAGCGGAGCCUGGAGCAAAGGUCCUACCGCAGGGAGUCUGAGAUAUAGCCUCCUGUUCCUGAGCAAGACCCACUUUUUGAUACUUGUUGAUUAUUAUUAUUUUUUUGUUCCUGGAGACACUGGAGUUUUAAAAGAAAAGAAAAAAAGAAAAAAACAAUGCAGAACAAUGCAAAGUGCCAUAAACGAGAGGCUGGGAACUGUGCAGAGAUUGUGAGUGAAUGAGUGUGCGAGAGAGAAAGUGUGCAUGUGUGAAUGUAGAAGCUAAAAAAAAGCUGCGAAACAUACUUCAUGCAAGGAAGUGAAUGCAGACGCUACGUAGAAUGCUUUGAGCUAAGUAGAUAUAAUAUAUAGGAUAUAGGAGAUUUACCACAAGGGGGCACUAAAGGAACAACCUUACAAGUAACCAGUAACGUUAGAAAGCAUGUUGAGUUUGUACAGCAGGGCCGUACAUUUGCAGGGCGUUGGCUCCUUGUGUGAAGUACGUUUCGGGCGUAGGCGUGAAAGGCGAGCGUGAAAGCGAGGUUGCACAGUUCAUUCGCUCUGUUCAAAAGCUGCAAAGGCCAGAGAGACUUCUGAAUCCUGCACGGAAAACUUGAAUCUUUUUUCCUCCUUUCGUUUUUUUCAUAAAUCUAGUUUAGUUCGGAAUCACAUCUCGGACAUCACCGUGUAAAUAUUUUGCAUAGAUAAGUUAUGAUUCGUGUGGAGUAUUACUAUUUUCUAGAGAGAAAAGGUGUUAUAAAAAAAUAAGCUUUUUUUCUUCCUUUUUCAGUUCCUUUCUUUACUUUUUUGUUUUGAGACAAUAUCAAAAAUUUAACUUUAACUGGCACAACUGACCAGUGCUGCAGAGUCAGAGUCACGCCCAGAGGGAGGGACUUACACACACACACACACACACACAUCUACACACAUGCAAACUUUAAUAUACGGUACACAGGGUAAAAUUACACGUGAAAAUUCCCCUUUAAGAACUUUGCACUACCUGAACAAACACACACUGUAGUGAAUGUGUGUGAGUGUGAAAAAGCACAGUUAUUCAUAAGAAGCACAAAGGUUCAACCUCUUCCAAAGACAAAACUGUGUUCCAAAGUCUAGGCUGCAGUCGAGGUAGGGAGCAGGUGCUACGAAGACUUUUAGGCCCUAUCUUACAUUCUGCAUGAGGUGCGUCGCAAUGCUCAUUGCUAUCUUACACCACGCCAACACCCAGUCUUAUUCACACCUUGAGUCCGCACUGAGUAGCAUGGUAGUCUGGAAGUGAGGUGUGUUCAAGUAAAUACUGGCGUAUUGCUAUCUUGGCAGCCAAAACACAGAUGAGCCACUGACUGAUUUAAACCCUGACAACAGUCACUGGUCAGACAUCCACAUCUAUCUUAGCUACGCAAGUACACCGUGCAUACACACCCACAUGUUACGCACACACUUGGAUUAUGAAAUUACCUGCCCUCCAACCUUUACAGAAAAACAAGCAUUUUUCUCUGCUGAGAACUACAGAAGUGCUGCACCAUUAAAAUAGCAAUCUGCCAAAGUCAGAGCGAACCUGGCUCUUAAAGGGAAUGAUGAGCAAGAAACACUCUAAUUGGUUUAUGCCAUGUUACGCCCCAAAAUUAACCACACACAUGAUUAACUAAGAGAGUUAGAGUAUGUGCCUUUUGUGCAUUUCGAGCCAGGCAAGGUGUACUUUCCCUGUUGUUACGAUAGCAAAGACACCUGCUCCACCCAGGUGAGCCUCAAGUUAGCAUGUUGACAGGCGAAAUGGAGAACUGACUACCAGCUUCGUCCAGCAUCGCUAUAGCAGUGUUAGCAUUCUGGCUACCAGUCUUCUCAAAUGUAACUAUCAUUACAUUAGCAUGCUGGCUAUGAACCACGCAAGGUGUACUUUCCCUGUUGUUACGAUAGCAAAGACACACUGACGUGCCUUAAAUCAAGCUGCACAGUGCACGGUUAACGACUCGCCUAUAGAACACUACAGCAGAGUUAGCAUUGUGGCUACCGGAGAACGACCCAGAUUUUGUGGGGCAAAGUGAUGGCAAAUGUGGAGACAGUUUGCAAGGUGUACUUUCCCCAUCGUUACGAUAGCAAAGCCACACUGACACACCCUAAAUCAAGCUGCACGGUUAACGACUCGCCUAUAAAACACUAAAAUAGUGCCCUUUGUCCUUCUCUGUAUUGUACUGAUCUUGCAAAAGGAAGAUUUUAACAAGGCUUUGUGGUAGUUGACUAGUUUAGCCUGAUUAGCGCUGGUUGACAACAGCUACCAAUGUGUAGAAUCGUAUUUCAAAUCGUACUUCAUGCAAAACAUGGCUUUAAAAUAAACCCUCACAUUCACAGCUAAUAAGGCUACAACUAUAAAGAGAAAAUAGAUACAUAAUGCAUGUAUUUAAACAGUAAAACUGCACAGGACAUGGAACAAAAGUAAUUGGAGCUUCGCCAUCAGUCCUGGUUGGCUAGUCAAUUGUAGUCUAUGUAACCUUUACUUUGUGAUGAUGCUGCAUGCAAACAUUAAAGCAUAACAUAGUAAAAGUUACAUCAGAACGUCAGCUGAUUUCCUGGUUGCGUACAAAGCAUCCUUGGAUUUGGAAAAUCUUUGUAUGCCGUAGCGAACGUGAAAUGCAGCAGAAGCCUAGGCUUUGGAACGCAGACAAAGAAAGAUAAAUGCAGAUAAAGACAGAGACUGACUGUGCAAUCCAUUUAAACUCUACUGAGUGAGAAUAUCUGUCAUUCAGAACUUCUUUAGGGAGCCUUAAGGGCGUCUACACCCCCUUUAACAUUUGAACCUCAGGGCUAGCACGAGCGAGUAAGUAUUUAUGUACCCGAGUUCAGCCACUGCUGCUUCUUCAUUCGGUUUCCACAUUCAGAGUAGAAAUUCUACAUUAUAAACUAUUUAAUAUGCAGUAAACUGAGCCAUAACAUUAAAACUGCUCACAGGCUAAGUUACAUUAAGUUACAUUAUCACUGACUAAGAGAGUCAUCCAACAUCACUACAGCAGUGUUAGCACGCUGGCUACAGGAGUCGUCGAACAUCGCUACUGCAGGGUUAGCAUUCUGGCUACUAGCCUUCUCAAAUUUAAUUAUCAUUACAUUAGCACGCUGGCUACAGGAAACCUCCAACGUUGCUAUGCUAGUGUUCUGGCUUCCAUCCUUGUCUGACAUAACUAGUAUUAAAUUAGCAUGCUGGCUAUUAGUCAUCCAACAUCACUACUGCAGUGCUAGCAUUCUAGCUACCAGCCUUGUUUAACACAGCUAUUAGCCUUGUCAAAUGUAACUAACAUUAGCAUGCUGGCUAUGACAGUCAUCAAACACUGCUAUAGCAGUUUUUCAAACGAAACUAUUAGUAUGCCGGCAACGAGAGUCAUCCAACAUCGCUACUGCGGUGUUAGCACGCUGGCUACGAGAGUUGUCUGACAUUGCUAUAGCAGUGUUAGCACGCUGGCUUCAGGAGCAAGACCUAGUGUAAUGUAAAUGUGAAGCCAAUUUGCAGAUUCUUACAUUUUUAAGCCCUUUCACUAAAUGGUUCAAAGUGUCCAAAAAAGGAAAAUUGGUGAACGAAAACAUCUAUUAUUCAUAUAUCAUGAGAUAAUUCAGAGGUCAGAGCUGCAGUAUAUAACUCAAUGAGUCAGAGGUUUUAUUGUUAUGGCUGAUUGGUUAUUUAAAUCAAACAUUUAAAUCUAAAUAUUACAAAUCUAUACAACACAAUCUACUAUAUAGAUGUUUUUAAAUGUUUUAAUAAUUAAUCCAGAAUUAAUUCACUCAGCAAAGAUCUGGAAUAAAAAACAAUCCAUCCUUUUAACACCAAACAAAACAAUUCUACUAAUGCUAUUAAUAAAACACAAGGAAGCAGAGUGACCUUUAUGAUAAUGGAUGCAGAGCGAGUGUGAGACGUGUGAAGAAGAAGCGAGGGAACAGCGCCGCACUUUCAGGGGUCAGAGCUUCAGAGAAUCAUUACCUGACGAGCAACGCGUGAAGAGAUUACUUAGCGUACCUUGAAAAGGGCAGAAAAACAGGACUUUAAAUGGGUUUUUCAUUUUGAUUUGUUUCUUUCAGUUGGUUAAACUAUGCACUCGGGCAGACUGGUCUGUGGGCGGGGCUGCAGAUUUGUACAGAUUGUUCAAAUUAUGUGAUUUACGUUGUUUUGGUGGAACCACAGAAUUUAACUUCACCUAAAACGUGGUCACGAUAUUUCAGACGUGUUUUGUGAAUAUCUGCUUGAACCCAAAAAGGACGGGACGUGACAGACUGUGAAACGGCCAACAGAAAGCACUUUACCUGUAGACGAGGCUGCAGAGGUGGGCGGGGCUAAAUGAAGCAAAUGAUAAUUACAGAUAAUUUCAGACCUUUACAAAUCAAUCAGGAGCCUAGAAUUUGGCGCCGAGUGGUCCAGCAGUCUAAAGCCCUGCCACUAUGAUCAGGAGAUUAUAAACUCGCCAUCAGCUGCCAGAGCCCUGAGAGAGCACAGUUGGCCUUGCUCUCUGUGGGUAGGUACAGUACAGUAGAUGGCGCUCUCUCUUUCCUCUCAUCACUCCUAGGGUGAUGUUGAUCAGCACAAGGCUGCGUCUGUGAGCUGAUGUAUCAGAACCGAGUCGCUGCGCUUUCCUCCGAGUGUUAGCGCUGUGAUGCUACGCGGCAAUGCUAAAGCAUUAGCAGCAGUUCAAAAAGAGGCGGAGUCUGACUCCACAUGUAUCGGAGGAGGCGUGUGCUAGUCUUCACCCUCCUAGUGUUGGAGCAUCACUAGUGAUAGAAGAUAUAGAUAUAUAUGAAUUAGUGCUGGGCGAUUUUCACGAUUCAUUUGGUUAAUUCGUGUAUACGGAAAUUUUAUCUUUUUUAAUCUAAAAUAUCUGAAAACGCUCCUCAUUUCUGAAGUGUUUAUCCAAUUUCAUUUAUUUAUUUAUUUAUUUAUUU